CCGAAAGCAUCCCGGCGGCAACAACAACAACGUGUUGGACAUUCUGAAUUUAGAAAAGUAAUUUGUUCAUUCCUGCACAACCUCUACAUCCCGGUGGCCAUCUAGUAGCCAUAACAAACACCACGCACAUUCUUGGGGAUUUAAUCUAUCAACAUUUUGACGCGGGGCCAGAAUGAGCGACAGCAACGUGCCCGUUUUUGAGCUCGGCGACCCCUUGUCCACGCUUGGUAACAACACGCUGACUGGCGUCUUCGUGCCGGGAAACAAGAUUGCCUUAAGCGCCUACCGGCAUGUCAAACACAACUCGCGGGAUGAGCCCACUGAGACAGCUGGCGAGGCGCCCGUCCUCAUCUACAUGUCCCAGGAGUCAACGCUGUUUGACGAGCCAGUACUGCGCAGUGUCCUUGCCGAGGCGAACGCCACCUUUGGCACGCUGCAGCUGCUUGGAUUGGAUGCCUCGCGUGAGAAAUAUCUGAAUAUUUCUCGGGCGUACCGCAGCAUUGUUCGCGCCUGUCUGGAGAAGCUUCAUCUGGCCAAGAUAUCGCCAGAGGUGCAGACUGAUGAACCACGGCUGCAACGCUUCACCGAUGCCAUCAUAGUGUUCUAUGCGUCGGAAUGCCUGUGGCAUCUGUUUGAGAUUCUGUACCUCCAGAACAACCAAAUGGUUGUACGCCAACUGCUCGAGUGGGUUCGUUUUCAUUCCCCACAAACCGAGGAUCGCGCCACGGAUCUGGUUCUGAUGGAAGAAGAGGCCAGCGAAACGGAUGACUAUUGGAACACCCUGAGGUCUUUGAUCCUGUUGGGCCAGGUAGACUUUGUACGGGCCAUGCUCUCGCAGACCCGCAAGGCUGGACAGCCCCCAUAUAAGGCGGCUGAUUUGAUCCUUAAGUCCAUGCCGGUUUACCAAGAGGGUUACGCCCUGCAGAAGUUCCAUUCGCAAUGGGAGUAUUGGCAUGUGGACACGCAGCGCAAGAUCAAGGCCAAUGUGUUCGCCACAGAGCCAGAACUGGAACAGAUCCUAUUGCUGGUAGCGGGCGACAAUAAGGAGUGGGAUGCCUGGAUCAUGAAGUCACAGGAUUGGUACGAAUAUCUUCCCGGAUAUCUUCUGUUCACAAAGCCCACCUGCAAACCCUACGAGCUGCGAAUAGCCGCCUCCAAUUGGCUGGACCGUUGGGCUCUGCUGUGCCCGGAUAAGGAGCUGAAUAAUAUGAACCGUAUGGUUACCCAGCUAAUGGGGCACGAUAUCAAGUUGUUUAUAUUCGAGGCUCAGAAGCUGAACGACACGCACUGGUUCUCUACGCAUCUCAUAGAUCUUAUGUAUCAUUCCGGCCAACUAAAGAGCUACUUUGAUCAGCACAACAUCGACCUACCAGCUUUGCGUCACUCCGUGAUCUACGAAUACGGAAGCUACCUCAUGGGCUCGCAUAAUCUCUGGCACCUGGGAAUCGAUUACUUGGACUGCUGCAAGCAAGAGGGCAAGGCAACCAUAGAGCUGCUCCUGCCACGCAUCCCUAUACGCAGCGAACGGCAGGCCACCAAGCUCAUUAGUCUGGCCAGGCAACGGGGACUCGUAUGCGUUGAAGAGGAGAUAUGCAAGGUGCUGGCAAAGCGAUCUUACGAUAAUGAGCGCUACAGCAACGCCCUGGAAUGGGCCAUUCGCUCCAAGGAUGUGCGACUAGUCACCGCCGUCGCUGACCAUAUACUGAAGCAUUGCUCGGAGACUGGCAAGGUACUGUGCGCAGACACCCUGGACUACAUUGGAGGUCGUAUGUUUGCGUCACCACGACUGGUUUUCCUCACCAAGUACCAUGAAUUCUACCAAUUCUAUCACAACCGCGACUUUCUGGUUGCCUGUGAGCUUCUGGUCAAUCUAUUAGAAUCCAAAAUAACCCCAAAUUACUUCUGGCCCUCGUUGAUCAUGGAUGCCUUGCCGCUGCUAGAGUCCAGGGAUCCCAAAAUCUUUGCUAAGGAAACGGUAACCAUUCUGCAUCACAUUGAAACGGCGCUGGUGCCGAUCAUAGAGCAGGACAGGGAUAAGCAUGGAAAUGACCACUCAGCUGCAUUGUUUAAGGAUUAUCGGGCGGAAAACAUUGCUGACAUCAUGACCUUCAUGCGCUUAGCCUGCGCCCGCAAUCUGGCCAGAGCACUGAUAUUUGAGAACACAAUGAAAUAGGUUUUGCAUUUAUUUUUUGUUUGGUGUAAUUUAUUCUUGUAUCUUUCACUUUUCCAAUACAUUGUGUGUAAUUUGUUAUA